GAUUCAACAAGCCUGUUUCUGCCACGUGGCUCACAGCUCAUUGUACGUGGCACACAGCCCUCUCUGGCUUGCCGUUGGCUGCUCUGAGCACUGCUGGGAAAAACAGAACUGGGAGCUCGGGAAAGCCAUGUGGAGAUUGGCAGCAGGAGCAGACAGCCGGCUGUCCAAGGGUCCCACAGUAGGUUUGUGGACCAGCCACGGCUAGUAGGCCCAGGUCUUCUGGAGACCCUCCCAUCCCACGGCUGCUGCCUCUGUACAGGAACAUUCCUUCUCCAAGGGCUGGACACAACGUAAGCUUGGAUAUCCCAGCUCUCGGCCAGCGACAGCCAUGAACUAUGUAGGGCAGCUGGCAGAGACAGUGUUUGGAACGGUUAAGGAGCUGUACAGGGGCCUGAACCCGGCCACACUGAGCGGCGGCAUCGAUGUGCUGGUGGUAAGGCAGCGGGACGGCUCCUUCCGAUGCUCACCCUUCCACGUGCGCUUCGGCAAGCUGGGUGUCCUGCGGUCACGGGAGAAGGUGGUGGACAUUGAGAUCAAUGGUGAGCCCGUGGACCUGCAUAUGAAACUGGGGGACAGCGGCGAGGCCUUCUUUGUCCAGGAGCUGGACAGUGAUGAGGAAGAUGUGCCUCCUCGUCUGUGCACCUCACCCAUCCCAUGGGGAGGCCUGUCGGGCUUUCCCUCAGACUCCCAGAUAGGCACAGCCAGUGAGCCUGAGGGCCUAGUCAUUACAGGGCGGAGAAAGAGGCGGCGAAGGAGGAAACCGAGGCGCAGGGAGGAGGAUGCCGUGGACUCCAGUUCUGAAGAGUUGGAGGCAGGUGCGGAGAGUGAGCUGACAUUGCUGGAAAAGCCAACACCAGAGUCCCCAAGUGCUCAGGAGGCAGAGGAGCCCUCAUCGCAGCCUAAGGACAUACACCCCUACUCCGAUGGCGAGUGUACCCCACAGGCCAACCUCUCCUCUGGUGACCUAAUGUCCCCUAAGAGUGACUCAGAGCUAGAGCUGCGGUCCUUGGAGCCCAGUCCUCUGAGAGCUGAGUCUCACAUGCAGUGGGUCUGGGGCAGACUGCCUAAGGUGGCGAAAGCUGAACGGCCUGAGUUCUCGUUGAUCCUUGAAAGUAUGGCUGAGGCGAUCUGUGCUCUUCCUGAGGAGCCUAGCCCUUCCUCCUCUCCCUCUGAGGCUGGUGUGGACACUUUGAGUCCCCCGGUGCUGCACCCAGGAGUCAGGGCUGAUACAUUCCAUCCUGCUGUGGAGGCCCAUUGUGAGGAAACUGCAGUGGAUUCUCCUCUUGCUGCCCCAGAGAGUAAGGAAACCAAGACUCAGAACUCCAGGGGUGCAGGCCACCCUCCUGCCACUAAAUCAUGGAGCUGGACUACUCCAGAGAGCCAUACUCCCUCUGGGCAUCCACAAGUUUCCAGGGGAAAGGGUUCCCUGAAGAGAAACCAGCACUUGGGCCCAAGUGACAUCUACCUGGAUGAUCUACCCUCCCUGGACUCUGAGAACGUAGCCCUUUAUUUCCCCAAGAGUGAGUAUGGGAUGGGGGCCAGAAGGUGGAGUGAGCCCAGCAACCAGAAGCUCCUGGAGAGCCCCAACCCUGAGCACAUAGCAGAAUGCACUCUGGACUCAGUGGACAAAAUAGAAUUGUCCCUUUGUGGUGGACUGGCUGACAACCGAGAUAUCUCCCUGGAGAAGUUCACCCAGCACAUGGUCUCCUAUGAAGACCUCACUAAGAAUCCCGGGCUCCUGGAUGACCCAAACCUCGUGGUGAAAAUCAACGAGAAGCAUUACAACUGGGCUGUGGCUGCGCCCAUGAUUCUUUCUCUGCAAGCCUUCCAGAAGAACUUACCUGAGAGCACUGUGGACAAGCUGGAGAAGGAGAAGAUGCCCCGGAAGGGUGGGCGAUGGUGGUUUUCCUGGAGACGCAGGGACUUCCCAGCUGAGGAGCACAGUUCCCAGAGGGAGAAAGCCGCAACCAGGAAACAGCAGGGAGAGAAGACAGAAGUCUUAAGCAGCGAUGACGAUGUCCCAGACAGCCCUGUGAUCCUUGAAGUCCCCCCACUGCCAUCCUCCACUCCAGGCUAUGUCCCGACCUACAAGAAGUCUCUUCGUCUCUCUUCUGAUCAGAUUCGGUGUCUAAACCUGAACGAAGGAGCUAACGAUGUGGUCUUCAGUGUGACGACCCAGUACCAAGGCACCUGCCGUUGCAAAGCCACCAUCUACCUGUGGAAUUGGGAUGACAAGGUGGUCAUCUCUGACAUAGAUGGCACCAUCACCAAGUCGGAUGCUCUGGGCCACAUUCUGCCCCAGCUGGGGAAAGACUGGACACACCAGGGCAUUACUAGUCUCUACCACAAGAUCCAUCUAAAUGGGUACAAGUUCCUGUACUGCUCAGCACGGGCUAUCGGCAUGGCUGACCUCACCAAGGGGUACUUGCAGUGGGUGAGCGAGCAUGGCUGUGGCCUUCCUAAGGGCCCCAUCUUGCUAUCUCCCAGCAGCCUCUUCUCCGCUCUCCACAGGGAGGUAAUCGAGAAAAAGCCGGAGGUGUUCAAGGUUGCCUGCCUGAGUGAUAUCCAGCAGCUGUUUCUGCCCCAAAGACAGCCCUUCCAUGCUGCCUUUGGGAACAGGCCCAAUGAUGUUUUCGCCUACAGGCAGGUGGGCCUCCCUGAGUCCCGAAUCUUCACAGUCAACCCCCGGGGGGAGCUCAUCCAGGAGCUCAUAAAGAGCCACAAAUCCACGUACCAGCGGCUCGGAGAGGUGGUUGAGCUGCUCUUCCCACCUGUGGUGCGCGGUCCCAGCACAGACCUGGCCAGCCCUGAAUACAGCAACCUCAGCUAUUGGCGGAAGCCACUGCCGUAUGUGGACUUUGAGGCCCUGGCUUGAGCUUGCCUUGCCGGGUCUCCUUGGUCUGACCCAGGACUGAUGGAGUACUUAGGACAGUCAGGAUUAGAAGAUGCAUGCCGUGGGGGUCAACCCAGCAAGUUGAUUGGCGGCCGCCCCUACCGCCACCUUGAAACACAAAUGCCGUGUUCAUCAGUUUGACUGCUCGGUACCAAGGCAUGGCCACUUCAAGGCCAUUUACUUGAAGAACUGGAACAAGUAGCCAUCUCGACAGAUGGCACCAUCACCAAGUGAGGCCCAGGUGGCUGUUGGGAGCAUGGAGAGGACCCAGGGACCCACUUUUCUAUCAGGGGUGAGGCAGCUGCCCCAGACCUCAGUACAGCCCUGACCUCUAACAAUUAAAUGUGUCACUAGACCCUUGCAGGGUUCGCUAGCUCCUAGGCCAUUGGCUCUCAGUCUGUGGGUCCCAUCCCCUUUGGGGGUUGAAUGGCCCUUUCUCAGGGGUUUUAUAUCAGAUAUCCUGUGUGUCAGAUAUUUACAUUAUGAUUCACAACAGUAGCAAAACUACAGUUACGAGGUAGCAAUGAAAAUAAUUUUAUUUACAACACGAGGAACGGUAUUAAAGAAUCACAACUUUAAG